UGGGCGGGGCUAGCCGGGGCCAGCAACAGGUCCAGCGAGAUCGAUAUCUGCGGGAUGCUGGCGCAUGCGCGCCACGCACUGCAUACACCAUGCGCUCUCUGGUGAUACUCUGGCUGUCAUUACUUACUCCAGAAAGCGAAUGCGAUCUCCUCCGCGACAGUGUCCACGUGACCUCAGCGGCCGCGAGGCCCAACAACGACCUCUGGUGCUACAAGUGCCUGGCCGAGGUCCCCGAGGACAAGUGCGCAGACUUGCGGCACAACAACUCGGCGCUCAUCAGCAAGUGCCACAACGACCGGUCUAUGUGCAUGGUCAAGCGCUUCUCCUACACAACAUCUAAUGAGAACUCCACGACAGACCUCAAGAUGUGGGCGCUGGAGCGCAAUUGCACCAAACACUGCGAACCCGGUUGCAUCAUCAUCGGAGAACGAACAAAACUAUAUGCUUGCACCUCAUGCUGCACGACUUCUCUAUGCAACUACGGGUCUGGAGCCAGCAGAGGAACUCUUCAACUGAAGCUAUUGUCCGCUACUCUACUCGUCGUCGCGACGAUCACUAGACUAACAUUAUGAUCACUCUAUAUCUAAACAAUUGUUGAUAUCACCUGGCUAGCCAACCGAGUCAGUAGGGAAUUAUGGGAUCAAAAAUGAAGCUGUUAGGUACUUGUUUAUUAUAGUGAAGCAUCGUACUUAUAAAUACCUAAAACAAUACAAAUGUAUGACUUACAUACAUGUCAGCUUGCUGCGUCAGAAUUGGAGACUAAAACACUUCCAAUCUCUUGGCUGGUCGGUCAGCCUGAUGACACUAUUAAGGACAGUAAGGUUCAUAGGUACUCUAUCACACUUCAAACUCCCGCAGUUUAUCGCAACAUUCGCAACUCUUUAUUUUUACAAGACUUCAUCAGAAGAUGAGAGAACGUUUCAUUGACUAAUGUAUAAUUAAAUAAAUCCACCAUUCAUUUAUAAGAAAACCAAACGAAACGUGGCUGGAAGGUACUUUCAGUAGGGACCAUUAUGCGAUGAUAAAGUUUACCACAACACAACACAUCAUCAACUUCAUCGUCAUCGUGGGACGAUGGGAGUUAUCUUAAAUCUCAAGAUUCAUAAGUACCUAAUACCUAUAAGACAUAAUUUUACUUCCUAUUGUGCAAUAAAAUAUUAUCCUUCAUGUUAUCAAGCUCCUAUUGACGUGACGCUUGACAUUGACAGCAAGUAGGUAUCAUGGACCACAUAGAGAUAGGUCUGUCAAGUCCGUGUGAAGAAAUAUUGUCUGUCAAACUAGUUUUUCAUUAAAAAACACUAGGUAUUAUACCUAUUAUUUCUUAAUUGAAUUUUUGCUGCUCAGCUCUAGGUUACUGGCCCGAUCGGCAAGCCAGAAGAAUUUUAGUUAAGUUUAUUGAUCUUGAAAAUCACAACGUUAAUUCGCUUGUACAUAGUGCUACGAAUUUAAAAGGAACCAAUAUUAUUAGGAAUAUAUAGUUAACCUAAUCAAUAUCUAAUGUAUGCCAACUUUUC